CUAUGGAGGUGGAGGAAAAGAAUAUGUGACGUAGAAUCCAAGAUGGCGGCUCCCCACUCCACGAUGAAAUUUUGGAAGCCGGGCUCCGAGGCACCGGGGAUCUCCGAGGAAAGGGAGCUCAACUCAGAGACCACCGGUUCCCCCAUCAUCUUCAACCCCAACACCGCCCUCUCUAUUGAGAAACAGCGGCAGAAACUCCCGGUUUUUAAGCACAGAAACAACAUCUUAUAUUUGGUUGAAAGUUACCAAACUGUAAUCAUAGUUGGAGAGACUGGAUGUGGGAAGACGACACAAAUACCUCAGUACCUGCUGGAGGCUGGCUGGGCGGCAGAGGGGAAAGUGAUUGGAGUGACGCAGCCUCGCCGCGUGGCUGCUAUCUCUGUGGCUAAUCGUGUUGCAGAGGAACGAGGGGCCCUGCUGGGACAUGAGGUGGGCUACACCAUCCGAUUUGAUGACUGCUCUGAUCCCCAUGCCACAAGGAUCAAAUUUGUAACAGAUGGCAUGUUGGUGCGAGAGAUGAUGGCCGAUCCUCUUCUGAAAAAAUAUAGUGUGCUGAUGUUAGAUGAAGCUCACGAGAGAACCCUGUAUACAGACAUAGCCAUUGGCCUGCUUAAGAAGAUUCAGAAGAAACGGCGAGACCUGAGGGUUAUUGUGGCCUCUGCAACGCUUGAUGCCAAGAAAUUUCAUGACUUCUUCAACCUGAACGAGUCUGGGGAUCCAAACAAGGACACAUGUGGAAUUCUGACUGUGGAGGGCCGCACAUUCCCAGUGGAUAUCUUCUACACUGUCAGUCCUGUCCCAGAUUAUGUGAAAGCCACAGUGGAGACAGUGAUGAAGAUCCAUGAGACAGAGGAGGAUGGGGACGUUCUUGCUUUUCUCACUGGCCAGGAGGAGGUGGAGAAGGUGGCGUCUCUUCUGCAGGAUCAGGCCAGAUCUCUGUCACGGUAUGGCAUGAAGAAACACCUGAGAAUUUUGCCCAUGUAUUCCGGUUUACCAUAUGCUGAGCAGAUGAAGGUCUUUGACCGGGCUCCCCCCUCUGUCCGAAAGGUUGUGGUGGCCACUAACAUUGCUGAAACCUCAAUCACCAUAAAUGGAAUUGUAUUUGUCAUUGACUGUGCAUUCGUAAAGCUGCGAGCUUACAAUGCUCGCACUGCCAUUGAGUCCCUGGUGGUCACUCCCAUCUCCAAAGCCUCAGCCAGUCAGAGAGCCGGGAGAGCCGGACGAAACCGACCAGGGAAAUGCUUUAGACUGUACACGGAGGAAGACUUUGAGAAACUACCUGCCUCUACUGUGCCAGAGAUGCAGCGCACCAAUUUGGCCCCUGUCAUCCUGCAGCUCAAAGCAUUAGGCAUCGAUAAUGUGCUGCGGUUCAACUUCCUUUCUCCUCCUCCAGCUCAGACUAUGGUUCAGGCAUUGGAACUUCUUUACGCUCUGGGAGGUCUCGACCAUUACGGCCGUUUGACUGAUCCCAUGGGUGUGCGGAUGGCUGAGUUUCCUCUCAGCCCCAUGUUCGCUAAGAUGCUCUUGGAGUCAGGGAACUUUGGCUGCUCCAAAGAGGUUGUUACCAUAGCAGCAAUGAUGCAGAUUCAGAACAUAUUUGUUGUGCCGCCCAAUCAGAAGAAAGUUGCUGCCCGUGAGCACAGGAAAUUUGCUGUUGCUGAAGGAGACCACCUCACGAUGCUAAAUGUGUAUGAAGCAUUCAUUAAGCACCAGAAGAGCUCUCAGUGGUGUCAGGAACAUUUUCUCAAUUACAAGGGUCUGCUCAGGGCUGUGACUGUGCGUGAGCAGCUUCGACGUCUCAUGAACAAAUUCAAAGUGCCACGGACUUCCAGCGAGGGUGAUCCAGAUGUGAUCUUGAAGUGCAUUGUGUCUGGAUUCUUUGCUAAUGCUGCGCGUAUUCAUCAUUCUGGCUCCUACCGGACUUUACGAGAUGAUCUUGAGCUACACAUCCACCCCAGCUCUGUGCUGUUUGGAGAGAAACCUCCAAAGUGGGUUGUCUUUAAUGAAGUGGUGCAGACUUCACAAUACUACAUGCGCGAUGUGACUGCUGUUGAGUCAUCCUGGCUGGUUGAGUUGGCCCCUCACUUUUACAAGCAAGCUAAGCAUGGUUCGCUUGCCAGCAAGAGAUCCAGAGUCCUCUAAAUCCACCAUCAUUACACCACAAUAAGACAGGAAGACAAAUUUGCCACUGUGCCCCCUAUCUAUUCCAUUGUAAAUAAAGAUGUAGUAUAUAUUUAUGUCCACCUGCACAACUCCCUCUACACUGUGGCCAAGCUACUACAGGACUAAGUGGAAUAUUUUUAGUGUUGAUGUUAGCACUUGUAUCUUGCUUUUUGGCUGUGAUGUAGUUUAUAUUUGAUAUCUGGUAAUGAAUGUGAGAAGAGACCAGGCUGGGCCUGACUGGUGUCUAUUCAAGCAUGACCAUGUAGUUCAUUUGUAUGUAUGUAUACUGUAAUGAGAGCAGGCUCAGGUCCAGAAACAGCUCAUGUGCCACAGGACCAUCCUGUAUUUCUAAAAUCUGUAUCAUCUCCUGUUGCAGAUCAUUUUGAACGACAAUUGCCUGAGAGGAUGUUUCCUUUUGAGGAAUUAUUUUUUUAGUUAAUUUGCUCACAUUGUACCUGGGUGCCUUUUGUGUUUUCAUCUGUUUCCUUAACCUCAAAUUUGUUUCUGUAUGAUUAUGCAGAAUGUAGUUUUAUAUUUUCAAAAAUUUGCUCUACAUUGUUUUUCCAUCCAACCUGAGAUUCUCUAUUAUUGAUACUGUGAAUGAACUGCAUUGCUUUAAAAUCCUUGUUUUACAUUCUGUAUUCCCAUUUUAUUACAGCACAGCCAGAUAUAAGCGGCCUUGUUACCACUUUGUGCCAAUUUUUUUUAUCAGUCUGUUACACAUUUCGUUUUCAGAUGAAAUGUGUGAAUACACCCAAAUAUUGUAAAUGAAAAGCUGUGAAGCCAAGAAUGAAGUGCAAUUUGUUGCUGUGAUAACAGGAAAAAAAACAUUAAGCCUUGCAUCCAAAGCCUCAAUGAAACAGCAUUUUUCUAAUUUCAGCCAUCACUAGUGGCCAUAACUGCUUAUGGUUUCUCACUUUCAGCGCCUUUCUACUUUUCCCCCCAUCAGCAUUUUCUACCAAGUAUCUGGCAAAAAGACCAGUUUCCUAUCAACAAUUUAAAUCUUUUGACAUCUCCAUCCACUGCACAUUUAUACUUGUAUGACUUUCACUCAUACCCAGAAAGCAUCAGUGCACAGGUUAUUCUCGGGUUUGUUGUACUUUGUUCUCUGCUAGGAUGUACUCUGAAACCAUUAAGAUCACAGCUACCAAAGUUGACAUCAGCCAGCACUUUUCUUUUUUUUUGGUAUAACUUGUUCUUUAGAUCAGAACAGUGAAUUCAGUUAAA